UCAGCCCCUGUCGGCUCCUGUCAGCCCCUGUCGGCUCCUGUCAGCUCCUGUCUGCUCCUGUCGGCUCCUGUCGGCUCCUGUCAGCUCCUGUCAGCCCCUGUCGGCUCCUGUCUGCUCCUGUCGGCCCCUGUCGUCUCCACAGCGCCCCCUGUGGGUGAUGCGUCUCUAGCCCCUCCCCCGGCACCAUGCUGCUCUGUCAUUGGCCGGUCAUGCUCCUGUGGCUCCUCCCCCGCGGCGGUGUGUCGGAGCAGGAGGUGUGUCUGGCCGUGAUCCUCCCUCACUCAAACACAGAGUACGCGUGGGCGUGGCCUCGCGUGGGCCCCGCCCUCACGGCGGCGGUGCGGCGGGUGAACUCUGACCCUGGGCUGCUCCCCGGCGUGAGGCUGCGGCUCGUGAACGGGAGCUCGGAGAACGCCGCCGGCUUCUGCUCCGACUCCAUCGCGCCCCUGGUGGCCGUGGACCUGAAACUGGACGUGGACCCCUGGGCCUUCAUCGGGCCCGGCUGCGACUACUCGUCCUCGCCCGUCGCCCGCUUCACCUCGCACUGGCAGGUUCCCAUGGUAACGGCCGGGGCCCGGGCAAUCGGCUUCGAAGAAUACAACGUGACCAACACGGGACCCACGCACAAGAGGCUUGGCCAGCUCGGGCUGCACAUACAGGAGUCUCUGGGCUGGAGGAACAGGGCCACGCUGCUGUUCAGCGAUAACAAAGACUCAAACGACGAUCGUUCGUGUUAUUUCGCCGUGGAGGGACUUUACACCGAACUGCAGAAGAAGAACAUCACCGUGAGAGACCACAUCAUCCACGGCAAUGCCGACGCCGACCACCGCGCCCUCGUGCGCGACGUGACCGAGAACGGGAGAGUGGUGUACGUGUGCUGUGCUGCGUCUGUGUUCCGGACUCUUCUUCUUCAGUUCUACAGAGACGUUCCUUUCAUCCAUGAGUUCGUCUUCUUCUACAUCGACCUGUUCGGGGAGAGUCUGGGACUGGACUCAGACCUGGACUCAGACCUGGACUCAGACCUGGACUCAGACCUGGACUCAGACCUGGAUUCAGACCUGGAUUCAGACGUGGUGUUUCCGUGGCGCAGAAGGGACAGAGACGACGCUGAUGCCCGGGAGGCUUUCAAGUUUGUGAAGAUCAUUUCGUAUCUUGAGCCUCGAUCUCCUGAGUUUUCUGAGUUUGUUCGAGAUCUUCAACGAGACGCAAGAGAAAUGUUCAACUUCAACAUCUCCACACGCUCCCUGUUUAACGUCGUGGCCGCUGGCUUCUAUGACUCGGUGCUUCUUUUCUCUUUGGCUCUGAACGAGUCUCUGCCGGAUCUGAACCGGACCAGGACCGGACCCGGACCUGGACCCGGACCUAAACCCGGACCUGGACCCGGGCCUCGGUACCUCAGGCCUCAGAGGGACGUGGUGACGCCUCGAAUGUGGAACCGGAGCUUCACAGGGGCCAUGGGGCAGGUGCACAUGGAUGCUGUCGGGGACAGACAGUUCGACUUUGCUGUUUGGGACAUGACCGACCUCAGCUCCGCCCACUUUCAGGUGGUGGCGCUGUACAACGGGAGCCUCAAACAGCUGGUCCCGCAGAGGGGGCGGAGCUUCCAGUGGCCAGGUGGAGCCCCGCCCCCCGACACACCUGAGUGCGGCUUCAAGAACGACAAACCCGAAUGUCUCGCACGGACGGUGUCGAUGCAGCAGUUUGUUUCCAUUGUUUUCUGCUUCGCCUUCACCAUCGUCGUCACCAUCACAGUCUUCAUCUACAGGAAGUUACGUCUGGAGAGUGAGCUGGCGGCUCAGUUGUGGAGAGUGAACUGGGAGGAUGUUGAUCUCGGUCGUGGUGACAGAGGCCUGAGGCGAGCGGCGAGCAGACUCACCGUCUCCAUGAGGGGGUCACACUGUGGCUCUUUCAUCUCUGUGGAAGGAAACGUGCAAAUCUACACCAAGACCGGAUACUACAAGUGGUGUGGAGUCAUGUCACAGUGGUGUGGAGUCAUGUCGUGUGGUGUGGAGUCAUGUCACAGUGGUGUGGAGUCAUGUCGUGUGGUGUGGAGUCAUGUCACAGUGGUGUGGAGUCAUGUCACAGUGGUGUGGAGUCAUGUCACAGUGGUGUGGAGUCAUGUCACAGUGGUGUGGAGUCAUGUCGUGUGUUCGGUGGCGGAGCAGUUGAAGACGGGGCAGACGGUUCAGGCCGAAGCUUUCGACUCAGUCACGAUUUACUUCAGCGACAUCGAAGGAUUCACCGCCCUGAGCGCCCAGAGCACCCCCCUCCAGGUGGUGACGCUGCUCAACGACCUGUACACCUGCUUCGACGCCAUCAUCGACAACUUCGACGUCUACAAGGUGGAGACGAUCGGUGACGCGUACAUGGUGGUGUCCGGGCUCCCGGUGAGGAACGGGAAACUCCACGCUCCUCAGAUCGCGCUCAUGUCUCUGGCUCUGCUCCGCGCCGUUGCCAACUUCACUGUUCGCCACCGUGAAGACCACAAGCUCCGCCUCCGCAUCGGCAUCCACAGCGGUCCGGUGUGCGCGGGGGUGGUGGGGCUGAAGAUGCCGAGGUACUGUCUGUUUGGAGACACCGUGAACACAGCGUCCAGGAUGGAGUCCACAGGAGAAGCUCUGAAGAUUCAUGUUUCGGAGGCGACUCGUUUGAUUCUUCGUGAGUUUCCAGAGUUUGAGCUUCAGCCGCGAGGAUCCGUCCAGGUCAAAGGGAAAGGAACCAUGAAGACCUACUGGCUCCUGGACCAGAACCAGAACCGGGACUAGACCAGGACCAGACCAGGACCUGCUGGCUCGUGGACUGAGACUAAACCAUGGUCCUUCCCCAAACCCCCGUCCCUCAGGUCCCUCAGGUCAGACUUCUGUGAGUUUAGAGUCGGUCGGUGUUUUAGCGCCACCUUCAGGCUCCUUUUAGUUUGUGUUUGUGUAGAAUUAGAGUCAAAUCAAAUAUUACAUCAGAAAUAUUCACAAACCUUCCCUCCACACCAGAGUCUGUGGACGCUUCCUUUGCCACGCCAGAUUUUCACCGGCGACACGGCGGUGCCCCCCCCCUCCUAAGCCCCGCCCCCUUCCUAAGCCCCACCCCCCUUAUGGUUUUGUAUUUGCUUUUUUUUAAUCACCUUGUUACACGUGUUCCCCUCAGCCCCGCCCCCUCAGGCCCA